AGGGGCCGACCCCGGAAGUUCCGGGUCGAGUUUCCUGGUGCCAACGAGUCCUGACAGGUACGGGUAGAAAGUAGGGUCAUGGCGGCGUCCGGCCCAACGCUCUGCCUCUUCGACGUGGAUGGGACCCUGACAGCCCCGCGGCAGAAAAUUACCAAGGAAAUGGAUGGCUUUCUACAAAACUUGAGGCAGAAGAUCAAAAUCGGAGUGGUAGGCGGGUCAGACUUUGAGAAAGUACAGGAGCAGCUGGGAAAUGACGUGGUUGAAAAAUAUGAUUACGUGUUUCCAGAAAAUGGCUUGGUAGCAUACAAGAAUGGGAAACUCAUGUGUAAACAGAAUAUUCAAGGUCACCUGGGUGAGGCCUUAAUCCAAGAUUUAAUCAACUACUGUCUCAGCUACAUUGCAAAAAUUAAACUCCCGAAGAAGAGGGGUACUUUCAUUGAAUUCCGAAAUGGGAUGUUAAACGUGUCCCCUAUUGGAAGGAGCUGCAGCCAAGAAGAACGCAUUGAGUUCUACGAACUCGAUAAAAAAGAAAAUAUAAGACAAAAAUUUGUAGCGGAUCUACGGAAAGAGUUUGCAGGAAAAGGCCUCACGUUUUCCAUAGGAGGCCAGAUCAGCUUUGAUGUCUUUCCUGACGGAUGGGACAAGAGGUAUUGCCUGAGACACGUGGAAAAUGAUGGUUAUAAGACCAUUUAUUUCUUUGGAGACAAAACCAUGCCAGGCGGCAACGACCACGAGAUCUUCACGGACCCGAGAACCGUGGGCUUCGCCGUGACGGCGCCCGAGGACACUCGCAGGAUCUGUGAGGAGCUCUUCUCCUGAUGGGGGGACGGGCCCUGGCUCCCGGCCCGAAAGGGUCAUGUGGUGGCGGCAGCCCAGGGCCCUCCCACACCUGCACACCCGUCAGCCCUGGCCACCUGGUCACCAGGGUCUGCACCUCUAGUGCCUCAGGGAACCCGCCCCCCCCAUCCCCGUGCCAGGAGCAGCCAGAGGGAGGAGGAAAGACUCUCGGGAGUGGCUCAAGGGCUAUCUCCAGCACAAGAUUCGUCCCCACCCCCAGUGUAAGCCCCCAACUUCCCAGCAUCCUAGGGUGACGCAGAAGGAAUGUGUCUGACCCUCCCUCUUUACGGGCCUCACGAAGAGGUAAGAGGGGCUGGUGUUUGGACCCGUGUCAGCCCCAAAAAGGCAGCUCUGCUAUGAGAGAGAAAGGGUAGGGCAUCUGCAGUGACCCAACGGGUGACAGGUUAGAAACACCAACGGACGAAGCUCCCUCCACGUGGCAGGACAGGGCUGUGGCCGUGGGGCAGCGUGGGGCUGAGGCUGCGUGCGCCAUCUGCCCAGCCCCUUCCUGUUGGUGGGGCCGAGGCUGCCCGGCAGACGGCUGUCCCGGGACUGUGGGCCCGAGGCGUUUGCACUCGGCUGGCCCAGAGCUCAGGCCACUGCACCUCGAGCGGCCUGGCUGCUGUCCGGUAACCGUCAAGACGGGUGGAAAUCGGAACCAGCGACUCAGUGGAGAACCAGCGACUCAGUGGAGAACUGGCACUGGCAAAACGGCCCCUCCCCUGGCGGGUUCAGAGAAGCCAACUUGGGAGGCCAGACUUCACCAAAAGGACCUUCUCGUUGGCCUUCCCAGGGGCUGGCCUGGUGUCUCAGGGGUGGGGACACCGUGGCUGGAGAGCAGGAGCUGCGCUUUCCUGUAAGCGCGUCCACCCACCCGGCUCUCGCCCAGACCAGCCUGCUCCCCUCACUCCCCCCUUCCACAUUCUGCAAGUUCUUUGGGAAGCAGGAAGGAAGUUCGCAGGCCUUGUCCAGAACACGGUGGAAGAGAACUUGCCACAGAAACGGUUCGAAUGCUGCUGUCCAGGGUGUGGAAACCCUGGGGCCCUUGCACCCUCCGCAGCCUGGUGCUGGGGCGGCCUGAGCCUGCCACUCUGCACCUCCCGCCACCCAGCCCGCAGCCAGGCCCCUCCAGACGGCCCAGCCACUCCUCCCGACUGUCUGGGCUCACUCGGGGCAGGUGGGGAGAAAGCAAGAAGCUCCUCAUCUUGGUGAUCCCUAAGACGUGGCCAGCCGGUGGCAUCUCCCCAUGUUGAAUGUUGCAAAUAAUACUGUAAUGACCCUUCCAGAUGAAAGGCAGCACAUUAAAAAGAUUUUAUUUCCUAUUU